CAGCUUUGCAUUCAUUGAUAUUAUUUAAUAGCUAAUCAUGUAUUUUAUGGCUGGUUUUAUUCGCAGCAAAUGUCUUAGAAGUGUCAUUUUUACAGUAAAAUAAGCUGUUCAUGCUUUUAUUUUGAAGGAUGUUUUGGUCUCCGGGUGAGAAGGUAUUUAUGGGAGAAAGGUGGAGGUGGGAGUGGAGCAUCAGAUGUUUUUUUAACGGGGUAAGCCACAGGCGAGGCAGCAAUGCAAAAUAAGUAACACUAUGAUUGUAAUUUUUGGAUUAUUGGCUCCCAAAGAAAUAAACUACACUACCUGGACACUGGAUCAAGACCUGGGCAAGACAACCGAAUAUUGGCCCCUUUGAGGAUUAUCCACCAUAUGGAGUGUAUGUAAACUCCCUCUGAUGGGAAGACAGGGAAUGUUAGCCUUUGCAGACCCUUUACAGGCAUUAAAACCUAUAGGACACACCGGAUGGAAGGGAAAGAAACACUAAAGAGCCAGGUUGUGACAGCCAUGUUGGCGGUGUGUUUGAGGCUGCUCUUGCUCCUCCCUCUGGUCUGCUGCGUCCCCUCCCCGUCCAGAUCCCCCACCAGACUUUGCAGACGCUGCUGCGAGUACCCAGAGCCGCCAGCAGGCACGACCCAGUACCAGAUGCCUGAGGUCCGCACCGUCAUCAACAUGACCAUCCUCAAAGGUGAUAAAGGAGACCGAGGCGAUAAGGGUACCCCCGGGAAACCUGGUUUAGAGGGACCUCUAGGCAACCGAGGACCCUUGGGCCCUAAAGGCACCAAAGGCCAGCCGGGCGUCCCGGGAGACGCCUGUAAGAUCCCUCAGUCCUCCUUCUCGGUGGGACGCCGUAAAUCCCUGCACAGCGUGGACUACUACCAGGCGCUGGUGUUUGACACGGAGUUCGUCAACCUGUACGAGCACUUCAACAUGUUCAAGGGGAAGUUCUACUGCUACGUUCCCGGGAUCUACUUCUUCAACGUGAACAUCCACACCUGGAACUUCAAGGAGACGUACCUGCACCUGAUGCACAACGACAAGGAGCAGGUGAUCCUGUACGCGCAGCCCAGCGAGAGGUCCAUCAUGCAGAGCCAGAGCGUCAUGAUGGACCUGGCUCUCAACGACGAGGUCUGGGUCCGACUCUACAAGAGGGAGCGGGAGAACGCCGUGUACAGCGACAACGUGGAUGUUUACAUCACCUUUAACGGAUACCUGGUGGCACCGAGCAUCCAUUGAGACUGGGAUAAAGGGGAUCAUAAGAGGAGUGGCAGAAUCUCUGGGAUUAUUUGGUCUCCAUGCCAAGAGGAGAACUUCACAGAGGAAGUUUGGUGCUUUUUAGGACAUCACUUUCAGCCUGGACAGGAAUAUGUCUAUGGGCCACGUGGGAAGUGUUUUUGGAGAUCCGACCAGCAGUGAAAAAAGUUGAUUGAAAGUCUUUGCUCUAAAUCAGAAUUCAGACUUUUUUCACAGAAUAAUUUGUUCUGGAGAUUAAAGUUCAAUCUCAGAAAAACGCAGUAUUUCUAAUCAUUUUUGAAAAAAGUCAAAUUCAUAACUUGUUUUGGAUGAUUCCGACUUUUCUCAGAAUUUGGUGAAAAAAAUCUAAAUCCUCUUCAUAAGAAAUACAGAGAAAAGAAUCCUGACUUUUUACUCAGGGUUUUGACUUUAAUCACUUUAAUAAAUUGAGUUGUUUUUUUAAAUCAUUGUGAAAUUAUAGAAACAUUUCUGACUUUUUCUCAAAUGUUUAACUUUUCUUCCUCAAAAUUCAGACUUUUUUAAUGGAUUUUGUGAAAAAAGUCAAAAUCCUUUUUCUUAUCAUUUGGAAAUCAAAGUCGGGAUUCUGACUUUUUCUCACUGCGGUUUUUAAUCUCAGAAUUUUGACCUCACUCGAUGUUUUCUUCCUCCAGCCUUGAUCUCUUCAAGAAAACGUUUUCCUCACAUGCCUCCAAGGUGAAAUGAGACAUGGAUAUCCUGCAUGAAUUGUAAAAGUAGACCCUCCCCAGAUACUUUAAAUACUCUUAAAUACUCUUGAGACCCGGGACCCCCACUGACACUGACUUUUAUCCACCCAGAAAAGCGUUCAUCAUCACGCUCUUUUAAAAUUGUAAAUCCUGCACACGUUGCACGUUUCCUCUCCACACUACCUCUUCUCAAUCAGCACAGCUCUCCACUUUGGAUAGGGCAGAUGUAUUUGUCAUAUUACAUUUGACUGUACUCAGUUGAUUCAUGUGUUAUCAUUGUCUUAACGUAGUUUUUGAAAUAGCUGCUCUAGUUCUAUUUUGAUUAUACAUUGUUUUGCUCCUAUGUCUUUGUUUUGCGCCACAUACACAAAAUGAAAUUCCUUGUAAAAACCUUCUUAUAAAACCGAUUCAGAUUUUCGAUAUAGUUUGUUAAAUGUGGCCCCAUUUACUUCCAUUCUGUUCACCAUUGAGGUAUGUGAGAAAAGGUUUUCCUACAAAAUGAAAGGAGACACAAGGUGACUAAGAUAUAAAAUAACCUGGUAUCACAGGAAUCAUCUUCAAUUACUUCCCUUGCACUCAAACUCCUCUUUUGUACAAAGCCACUCACUUUUCCUACUUUCUGUGCCGGGCGUCUUUCCUCUCCACUCCUUUCAGGGACUUUGCAUUGAAACACAAGUUGUGCCACGUAUCAGGAAUCCUGCCUCAGUGCGAUCAGUUGUGUAUAUGUGCUACGAAGAGCUUCUGUAGUGUGUUCGGACAGAUGGCUGUCAGACGAACCUUUCCUUCGUGCCUUUCAGAAGAGCUUUAAAGGGUUAGUUUCACCUAAAACACAUCGACUUAUUUCAAGCCAAGAUUUCUUCUGACCCUAACCAGGUCGUUGUGAUGGGGUUUCAUGUAAAUGUGAACAGUUUGAAAGUGUGUGUAUCAACCGAGAGAAAAUAUGUGUUUCCUGUUGGUUCUUGUUGGAGAAGCUUCGACUGUUUUAGUUUACAUAAUGUUCCUAUUGAAGGAGUUAAACCUCUUGAAUGAAAGUAAAACAAUCAGCACAGUUGGGUUUUUGGUGGACUGACCCUGAGUGUAUGCCAGCAUAUCAAAAUGAAAAAGGUGCUUUAAUUCCCAAAGCAGGAAUUCAUUGGGAUUUUGACAAUUAACUCAGAUGAGAGAGACUUCAAACUGCAGAGCGGUUUAUGUAAAUAGCUGUAUAAAGGCUAUUCCUUUGUCUGCACCUGUGGGCCACCGUACUUUAUAGUCAAUAUGUGUGCUACCAUUCCUGCUGUCAGGGCUGAACUGUGUGUGUUUGUGUUUCCUUCUUCACUAACCAAGUAUCUCUUUGUUCUGUAUCACUGGGAAACAAAUGGACACUUGAUUAUGAAAUAUUAAACAUUUUCAGAAUGAAAAAGUGAAA